UGGAGCUGUCCGGCGCCCGGUGGUGCUGAUUGAAGUCGGUUUGUCCCUGCUGCGCCCCAGCUGGCGCGGGAGGAGCCAUGGCGCGCCCUCCACCGCCUCUCCUGGGACGGCGCUUGUAGCGGCGGCAGUGCCUUCCGUCCGCCGUCCUCGCCGCCGCCGUCCUCCUCUCGCUCCCUCCCCGGCCUGGGCCUGGCGCCAUGACUGAGCAGGCACCCGCCGGGCUCCCUGUACAGCUGCUGGCGGUGGCGGUGCUGCUGCUACUGCCGGGAUCGCCGUCUGCCGAGAUCAGGUCGCCGGCGGGCUCAGGCGUGGAGUCGCUGCUGGAGGAGUUCCGCCGGCAGCUGCAACAGGAGCAGGAUCCUCUGGGCGGCGAGCGCGGCAACGAGCGGGCGGAGGCGGCAGGACGCUGCCGCGGGACAGGCGACCUUGCGGGCAGCGGCGGGAGCUUCUUCUCGACCAGGCCCGACUCCAUCAUCCGCACCAAGGACUCCAUCGCGGCCGGCGCUACCUUUCUGGGCUCGCCGGGCUCUGUGGCAGGCCUGCGGCAGUGCCUGGACUCCUGCUGCGCCGAACCGCGCUGCACCCUGGCCGUCUUGCAACAGCAGCAGCCGUCCUCGCUCCGCUGCUAUCUCUUCAACUGCACGUACCGCGGCCGCUCCGUCUGCCUCUUCUCCCCGCAGCGCGGCUACCACAGCUACUCUCUGGAACCCAGCAGCAACCCUCCAGGCCUCGAAAAUGAUGAUCCUCCUGUAAGCAAGGCAGGGAAGGACAUUGUGCUUCAGUUGCCUGUUGACUGGGUGAUUCUGGAUGGCCGAGAAAGUUUUGAUGACCACGGAAUCAUACAGUAUGAGUGGACUUUGCUGCAAGGUGCCCCUUCAGUUGCUAUGAAGGAACCUCAACCAGGAACUGUGAAGCUCUUUCAUUUGCAAGAAGGAAUCUACAUUUUGCAGCUGACUGUGACUGACACUGUGGGCCAGAGGAGCUCAGAUAAUGUCUCGGUGACAGUGAUUCCAAUGGUGCCUUCUGCAUUAGGUUGUGUGGGGGUUUGUUCCCGCUACCAGUUCCUCUGUGAUGAUGGCUGCUGCAUCGAUAUCACAUAUGCCUGCGAUGGAGAGGAGCAGUGUCCUGAUGGUUCUGAUGAAGUUUUUUGUCAGAAACUGAAUUCUGGACAGAAGUCGAUAACUCACACAGCAAUGAGCUUUAGCCAGCAACAUGCCAUGGGACUAAUUAAAGAUGCUGAUAAGGAACUCUCAAUAGAAAUCACCCAGAAAACUCCUGUAAGCCAUCACAUAUCUGAUGCAGGCCAGACCAACCAAUCACCUUCUCAGGGAACAAAGGGAACAAAAGCAGCUGGGGUUUUGCCAGUCUCUAGAACCUCAGGGAAAGAUACAAAGAAUGAAAAUGACAUUGUGGUACUAAAGGGCGCUCAGACUGAAAAGAGCCACCCAGUUCCAGAAACAGGUGCUGUUCUCCCACUGGCUUUAGGGUUGGCCAUCACUGCUUUGCUGCUGCUCAUGGUAGCUUGCCGAUUGCACUUAGUGAGACAGAAACUGAAGAAAGCUCGACCCAUUAUGUCUGAGGAAUCAGAUUACCUCAUAAAUGGCAUGUAUCUCUAAAGUAGGAUUCAGGUUGCUUCCUUUCCUUCCUCAAGCUUUCCCCAAACAGUGUGCCUCUUGCAUUAAAAAAACAAACACCUAAUGUUUAAAAGCUACCACCUUCAGAACAGUUAUUUUAAGAACUAUGGUAUAGUAGAUGUGUACAGUAUGGCUUCCUCUGCCACAGCUGGAAGAGUAUCCUAUGCUUCAAGAAGGAGGCAAGCCUAUCAUGCUGUGCUCUGUGUCAGUUGCAAUCCCAGAGAAACACUUUACUGCCAUAUUUCAGGUGUGCAGCAUAGCACUGAUGGAGCUGGCUUUGCGGUGAGUAAAGGACUUAUUUUAAAUCUAUUGCUCUCAGACCUGUCCUAUGGCAUGAGAUAGCAACACUGCAGCACUUCUGGUUACAGUGUUUAUCACUGCAGUGCAUGGCUGAAACAUUAUGAUGGCCUGAAUUCUCACAUGAUGCCAGUGUGAUGCCACAGGUCAGGACAUUUUGCAGUGGUGCAAGGGUCACAUCAGAUCCUAAACACCCAUUUCUGGGUUAUUUUCUUACAGGGUCAAUUAUGUGAGAAAUGAUCAAUUUAGCUCAUAAGAAAUGUAGAUCAGUAUUGCGUAAUUUAAAAAAAAAUCACCACCAUUUCCGAAUCAGAACAGGUUCAAUUAUAAACAUGUUUUCCUUUGUAGAAAUUAGUUGCAACUCAGAGAGAUAGCAGAAAAUUUAGGUUUGGAGUUCCUUUGUCACCCUGCCCUACACUGUACACCCGAAAGUGAUCCAUAGUUAUAGUGAGCUAGGGAUGGGACACAGUUGUGUAAUUGUGUUACAAGGCCUGUCAUGUGCUUCUCAGUGCUGACAGCCUCUGCCGGACUGUAAAGCUGUGUAGAUACUGCUACUGGACAGUCUGAGGAAAACCUGUGCUGUUAUCUCAGGUCAAGACAGUGGAGAACUUUGUUGCCACAAUUUUACAUCUUUGGCUCAUCAUGUCUCAUGUAUUAAAAACAUCUUUCUCACUUUAACAAAAGUGACAAUUCCAUCAUGCUGCUCUAGACAGUGUGUUGCAAGUAGCAGACUACUUUGGACCUACCCUAGUGCUUGUGCCAGAUGUGCUCCCACCUAAGGUUAGGGUUGUCAGCUCCCUGGAGAAGAAACUAUCCCGCCCCUUUAACAGAAGCUUACUGGGGUUUUAUUUACAAGGCAAUGUUAUUCACCUCCAUGCCAUGAAAAGUUUCAGCUGCCCAUUUCCACAUAUUAAGCCUCUUAAAGGAACAGGACAUUGUUCUCCAUAUUAAUUGGCAAACUUAUUCUUCUCCCACCCCUAUAUUUUUCAUAACACAGCUGUAGCAGAUGUUGGAGGUUCGCUGGCAUUAGGGAAUGAAUUUACCCUUCUUGUAAAUGUCAACAAAAGUUCCUGGUUUCCAAUAUUUUUCCCUAGUUCAACAGUCUACACAAGUCAUUUAUGGCACAUCAGCAGUGUGAAAGAGAGCGAGAGAAAAAAAACUUGACUGCCUCAGGCAAUUUCUAAUAUUCCCUGCCUACAUAUUUGGAGGCAAUUCUUAGUCAACACAGACAAAUCACUAUAUGUAAACCUGGGUUUGCCCCAUUAAAGUGUCAGUCUCAAUCAAGGUGCAAGAUUGAUUUUGACAAAUCCCUGCUAACUGUGCUUCUGGCCAUUGGCUUUUCAUGAAACGUUGAUACAACACUGCCUAUUUCCACAAAGUUCCAAUGGUUCUUGCUAGCCUGACCUUCACUUGAUCUUGCAAACUUCUUGAGCUUCAUAGUGGCACCAAUUAAAAUUCAAUGUACAACUGAACCGUAAGAUGUGUUAUACUAUAAAGUAGUGUACUGUAUGUCUUAUAGUAUGUGAACUCUCCUCUUCAUCCAACUGUGCAUAAGUUACAAACCUGCACCCAAUCAAUGCAGCACAGGCAUGCAAUUUUUGAUAUGUCUUUCUUAUCAGAAUCCUAUCAUGGACAACCUAAAUUACUUAUGUCCCUGUCUGAUUAUGUAAAAUAAGAGAUAAUAAACUUAUUUUAUUCUUA